UAUCACUUAUACUUCACCCAAAAUACGCUUAAAAUUUAAUUAGGUUUAUGAUCAACAUGGCCUUAAACUUGGUGCUAGCCGUGCUACUGCUACUGCCCCUUACUUUUGGCUACAACUACUGCAACAACAGAACCCACUUGUGCGAUCUACGCAAACUGAAGCACUUUAUGUGCCGGCUGGAGGAGUUUCCUGCCUUCGGAACUGCCAAGUUUCAUGCCAUCGUUCCGGACACCGGCGUGGUGAGGAGGGAAACAUUGGGCGUGAUAAACACCUUCCGGAACACGUUCGCCAGCGGGGAUCUCACGACGAGGGACAACAAGUCGUUUCCGGCCGCCAAGCGGAUGCGCAGACUCAACUGGGACGAGGAGCUGGCGUACCUGGCACGCACCCACUCCGCCACCGUCUCCUUCAAGCACUCCGAGUGCCGGUGCACCCUGCGAUUCCCGUGGGUGGGCGAGGUCAUGUCGCUGUUGGCCCCUCAGGAGUCCAAGCCAACUAUCCUCCAUGUUUUGAAAAAGUUGUUGACUCCGAUGUUUGAGGAGUAUAAGGAUGUCGAGGAUCCCGAGGGCCUCCUCGUUGCUUACGACCCCAUAAGGGACUUCCCCGUCAGUCACUUCACCCUCUUCGCCAGCGAUCGAGUGUCCCGAGUGGGGUGUGGCAUUGCCGUGGGUACCGACUGCAAUGUGGGCCGUAAAGUCGGCUUCUGCCACUUCCUGACCUGCCACUUCGACUUCAACAACGUGGCGAAUUCGUAUGUCUAUAAGGCCGGAAAACCUGCCAGUGGCUGCAAUGACUGGAACACGGUCGGCAGCCACAAGUACUCGCACUUGUGCGCCAACCCCGGCGGUCUUUUACCAACGAAGGUCGACGACUAAGGAGAUCAGCAAGCGGGUCCUAAUAUUUUCCUUAACUUCUACAUCUUUAAAUCCUCAUCAUAAGCAUUAUCAAGGAUCCCAGGUCAUUUACUUUUACAUCAGAACCCACCCAAGCGACCAGAUAUUCCAC